AUGCCGAAUCGCAGCGACACACUAUCCAACCUUGAUCGAAUCUCUCACAUUACAGAUGUCCAUCCGAGAAAACCUCUAGCCGAUAAUGACUACGAGGAUCAGCUUGAAACUGCUUCUGAAGUCAGCCUGGAUGAAGAAUUAACGAAGAUCAAGAUCCUGACCUCUGUGCCGUCAAAAUUACGAAGCAGACCCAAUGGUGUUGUUGAUAAUGGAUUGAAGCAGUUGGAUAAUCUUCAGUUAGAAAAGAUCUUUGCCUCGAUCUUAGUCAAGAACAAUGUUCGUGAGCAACGUGCUAAACGGGCCGAAGGUAAUUUCAAGUCCAAUUUUGCCGACAUCACGUCCAAACCAGUUGUACAUUCGAUUUUUGAUGCUCCUUACUUCAAGAAUUCCGAAUUCUACGGGUUCUAUAUCUUGUUCUGGUUAGGUACUGGAUUUCUUUUUCUCCAAGAUAUCCUCCACAACUACUUCGAGGCUGGAACAACCAUCUUCAGUGGCCCAGUAUUUGCAAUUUUCUCCACUGGACUUAUCAAGAUUGCCUUCACUGACUUAAUGAUGUACUUGACCAUUUAUUUUGCAUACUUCAUUCAAUACUUGUGUUCACAAGGAUGGAUCCAGUGGUACACUAGUGGCUGGAUUCUACAGUCCGUGUAUGAGGGUUUCUAUACAGUGUUUUGGAUCUUAUUUGUCUCUAAUUCAGUGAUGAAGGAUCAAUGGAUCGGGAGGGUGUUCUUGGUGUUACACCUAUUUGUUCUUCUUAUGAAAAUGCAUUCUUACGCAUUUUAUAAUGGCUAUCUAUGGAGUAUUCUCAGAGAAUUGCAAUUUUCCGAGAAGUAUUUGACUAGAUUACAGAACAGAGAGGCCGAAUUACCCGAUGGUUACUCAGUGGAGUAUACGCGCAAGUUGUUGUUGAGUAGCAUCGCAUUUUCCAAGUUUGAGUUGCUUCACCAAUCUGGUCUGCUUGAGCAGGCCAAAGAAAAGGAUGUUUUAGAAAAGGAUUCUUAUGUCUUGUGUGGAGAAUUGGUCAAGUUUCCUGGCAAUGUCAACAUCAAGAACUUUUUCGAUUACACAAUGUAUCCUACGACGGUGUAUGAACUUGUUUACCCACGAACCAAGAAAAUUAGAUGGAUGUAUUUCUUCGAAAAGUUGUGCGCUCUUUUUGGAGUGAUCUUCUUGAUGCUCGUGGUCGCAGAGCACUCCAUCUAUCCAUUGGUUCAGAAAUGCAACGAUAUGAGAACGAAAAAUCUCUCCUCCUACGACAAGGCCGUCUUCUUCUUGCUUACGCUUUUUGACAUGAUUCCCCCUUUCAUGAUGGAGUACCUCUUUGUUUUCCACUUGAUCUGGGACACAAUCUUGAAUGCCGUGGCAGAAGUCAGUCAAUUUGCCGACCGUGACUUCUACGGACCAUGGUGGUCUUGCACUGAUUGGUCAGAAUAUUCUCGUCUCUGGAACAAACCUGUGCAUCGGUUUUUGCUCAGACAUGUCUAUCACUCUUCCAUCAGUGCCUUGAAUGUGUCGAAGUUGUGGGCUACACUCCUCACAUUUACGAUCUCUAGUAUUGUUCAUGAGUUGGUGAUGUACACGAUUUUCGGUAGGUUGAGAGGUUAUUUGUUUUACUUCCAAAUGGGCCAGAUCCCAUUGGUUUUGUUGAGUCGCAGCCGGUUCAUGCGAGACAAGAAGGUAUUGGGGAAUGUUAUCUGUUGGUUUGGAUUUGUAUCUGGACCAGCCAUCAUUUGCACAUUGUACUUAGUGUACUGA